AGAAAUGGAUAUCUUGCACAAGGACAACCAAGAUCAGCCACGCGAGGAGGUUCCUGUCAGUGUUCCCGUUAGCGUUCCUGUCACUGUCACUUCUUUUGAGAAACAAGAGUCUUAUGCAUCCGAUAUCGUCAUGGUCGAAAAAGUUGGAGAUGUUCCUUCAGAAGAAAGCACAGCAACGGAGACACAAAUGGAAGCGCAAGAGAAGCCUUCAGAGGUGAUGGAAGUGGAGGAAAAGCCAACAGCGACGAUGGAAAUUGUUGAAACUGUGACCACCGUGACAACUGUAACUAGUGUGACUAAUGUGACCUACACAGAGGAAGGAGACCAGGCGAAACAAGAGGAAGAUAGUUCACAGUCAGCGGCCGAAAAAGCAGACGCUGAUGAAACAAAAGAAGAGGAGGUUCCCCAUGAGAAUAGGGAGAAACAACCCGAAAGUAAAGCGGCUGAGACACCCCGUGAGAAUAAAGAACAAUCUGAAAGCAAAGCUACUGAGGCACCCCAUGAGAAUAAAGAACAAUCUGAAAGCAAAGCUACUGAGGCACCCGCAGAUGUUGAAAUGAAGGAGGUCGAUGAACAUGAACAAGUCCGGAGGACACCAAGGACACGUGAAAGCAAAGCAAAUUCCACAGUGACUUUUGAGUCCCCGAAGACUGUGCCUACAACUGGGAGAAGAGGUCGUAAACGUAAAGUGGUGGAGGAAGCAGAAGCCACACCAAGUACAGCUGCGAAAACUCCAAGGCGCGGUCGCGUCGCGCAUGCCAAAGUCAAGCUAUCAUAUACUGAUUUUGUGACGCUGGAAGUAGGACAGAGAGUCUUGUCUUGUGGUGAAGGUGAACAGCUCGGUCAUCCUGGUCGGACUACGACCAAGAAACCAAGAAAAGUGGAUAUUGUUGAAGAUGAAGAGCUGCAAAUAGUUCAGGUUGUCGCUGGUGGCGUACAUUCAGCGCUUCUGACUUCCGAUGGGGACGUAUAUAUGUGCGGAAUAAAUGAGCAAGGAACCGUUCCUGCAAUAGGAGUUGAACCAGAGGGAAGUACCGAUAAAUUUACGAAAGUUGAACUCAGCGAAGAAAUCAGAUCGCAAGGAAAGAUAAUAAUGCUAGCAGCUGGUGCAAGUUUUACCGCAGCCCUCACAGACAAAGGCUCCGUCAUUGCAUGGGGUAACCUCAGAGACACAAGCGGCGAAAUAAAUGUGCAUCCUCUUCUGACCAAAAUGAAAGAUCAUCCCGUCGUGUUGAUACAUUACAAGAAGAGAGUGAUUGUGAAGAUAGCUGCAGGUGAGAAUCACCUCGUUAUGUUGGAGGAAGACGGAAAGGUGCUAACUUUUGGUGACGGAAAGAUGGGACAGCUUGGAAGGAGCAAAAGAACUGGCUCAAUCAGGCCACAGUACAUGGUCGAUGAGGAUGGCAAAUCUUUGAUAUUGAUUCUACAAGACAAGAAAAGGAAAGAUGUUGUUGUCAAGGAUAUCCAUGCUGGUGGUUACUGGACAAUCCUUGUUUCCGACGAUCAAGUAUACUCUUUUGGUUUGAACAACUUUGAUCAUCUCGGAGUCCCUGUUGAAGGCGAAGCACCUGCUGAUGCAACAUCCGAAGACAAACGCGAACUUCGGAUACUCACGCCGGUUGUUGCAACUGCCUACUUGGGUCAUCACUGGACGCACAUAGAUGGCGUACAACAUAUCAUUGCUCGUGACAGCGAAGGAGAGGUUUAUGGCAUUGGAAAAAAUACAGAUAAUGCACUAGGCCUUGGAACGUGGACGGGUAAUGACGACGUUGAACACUGGAAGUAUUCUACCUUGGAACAUAUCAAGUUCCCAAAAGAAGCUGGAAAAAUUGCGGGAACGACGGCAAAACUGGGAUGUUCUUUAGCGUGGACUGAUGACGGGCAUGCUUACGCCUGGGGAUGCGAUACCAGUGGUCAACUCGGUCUAGGUUUGAAGGACGAUGAUGAAAAGAUAGAAGGAAGCAGUAUAGGAAAUGUUAGAGAGGAUCGUGGACUUAUGAGUGAGGCAUGCGUGAUACAUACGCUGACACUAUCAGCCAUCUUCGAGAGCUUGGGAAUCGCUGUUCCCAUAACUCACAAACGAUAA